UUCGGCCUAGUCGAUUUAGCGGUUCUACAGUAAAGCAACAACAACAUGACUCGUUUCCUACUCCUCGCUCCGGUCAAACUUGAGUCCCGAGAUUGCACAUGGGAAGUAUGGAAGGUGGGAACCCUCUAUUACUCUCAAGCCCAGAACAAAAUGACUUACAAGAAGAAUCGACCAAAGAUAAUGAUCUCAUCAACAAAACAUGGACGGAAUCAAAGAAAUUAUGGCAAAUUGCAGGGCCCUCCAUCUUCAGUCGCCUAUCAAUGUUUUCCAUGACUAUAAUAACUCAAGCUUUCGCUGGCCACCUCGGUGAUCUCAAUCUUGCUGCCAUUUCCAUUGUCACUACUGUAAUUAUCUCCAUCUGCUUCGGCUUCUUGUUAGGCAUGGCGAGUGCGCUGGAGACAUUAUGCGGCCAAGCUUGUGGAGCCAAGCAGUACCACAUGCUAGGGUUAUAUAUGCAACGAUCAUGGAUCGUUCUGUUCAUAUGUUCGAUUUUGUUGAUACCCAUGUUUGUUUUUGCAUCUCCAUUUUUGAAGCUCAUUGGUCAGUCAACAACAUUGGCGGAGCAAACCGGUAUUGUUGCUAUUUGGUUGAUACCACUUCACUUGAGCUUCCCUUUUCAGUUCACUUUGCAGAGGUUCCUGCAGUGCCAAUUGAAGACCGCAGUUAUUGCUUGGGUUUCUGGUGUUGCCCUCUUGGUCCAUGUGAUUGUGAGUUGGGUUUUUGUUUAUAAACUGAGAGUUGGAAUUGUUGGAACUGCUAUCACACUUGACUUUUCAUGGUGGUUAUCGGUUUUAGGACUUUUCUGCUACAGUGUUUGUGGUGGGUGUCCUCAGUCUUGGACUGGUUUCUCUAAUCAAGCCUUUGUUGGGCUUUGGGAAUUUCUUAAACUCUCUGUGGCUUCUGGGGUUAUGCUAUCGUUGGAAAACUUCUAUUAUAGAGUGUUGAUCAUAGUUUCAGGUUAUAUGCGUAACAGUGAAGUAGCUGUUGAUGCCCUUUCAAUCUGCAUUGCUAUAUAUGCCUGGGAAUCCAUGGUUCCUCUAGGAUUUUUGGCUGCCACUGGAGUACGUGUGGCAAAUGAGCUUGGUGCCGGAAAUGCAAAUGGCACAAAAUUUGCCACCAUUGUGUCAUUGCUGUACUCCCUCUUGGUUGGACUUUUUUUUUGGCCAGUUGUUAUGGCCAUCCCUGGGAAGCUUGCAAUGAUUUUUACCUCAACCUCUGCUGUUAUUACUAUGGUCAAUGAACUGGCACUUUUACUGGCAUGCACUAUUCUCCUCAGUUGCAUUCAACCAGUUCUUUCGGGCGCAGCAAUUGGAUCUGGUUGGCAAGCUUUAGUGGCACUUAUCAAUAUUGGUAGUUACUACCUGGUUGGAGUGCCUCUUGGGGUUUUGUUGGGUUGGUUGCUCCAAUUUAAUAUCAAGGGCAUCUGGGCAGGAAUGAUAUGUGGAACUGUGGUUCAAACAUUGAUACUAACUAUCAUCACCAUGAAAUUGAAUUGGGAAAAAGAGGCAGAAAAGGCUCGGAUCCAUAUGUCUAAUGAGGCAGCCUCUUACAGAUAAAUUUAAUUUUGCAAAGCCUAAGCACAUUCAGGCGUGUUAAGAAGGAAUAAUUUCCUUUUUGUCUUGGAAAAACUACUGUGGCAAUUCUUUAAAAGAUUAGUAUUUUGUAGGGAUGUUUAAUUUAUUUUUAUAUUUAAAAUAUUUAAAUUUAUAUUCCCUUA